GCAUCCACCUGUCCAUCAAAUCAUCUUCCUGAGUGACCGACAACAUGAGCUUUGUGUUUCAAUCAGGCUUCCAGUCAGGCUUCCAAUCAGACUUCCAGGCCAUCUCCAGCCUUAGUGUCCCCUAUGUGAGUCCUGUCUCUGGAGGACUACGAGCUGGAGAAGCCAUCUUAAUUCAGGGAGCUGUUCCCUCUGUGUGUGAAAGCUUUGUUGUGAGCCUGAAGUGUGGAGAGUCAGAAGGAGAUGACAUUGCCUUCCAAAUAAAGCCUCAGUUUAGCAGUAACUGCAUGGUCCUAAACAGCCGCCUAAAAGGGUUAUGGGGAAAUGAGAAGAAACUGGCCUUACCUUUAAAAAAGGGGAACAACUUUGAUCUGAUUAUUGCCAUAAACUCUGAAAACUAUCAGGUGUAUCUGAAUGGAUGUGAAGUUGGGCAGUUUCAGCAUAGUAUACCACUGAAAGGUGUCACUGCACUACACAUUGGAGGAGAUGUUACUUUAACAAACGUAGUAUUCAUGGGGAACUGGACUGGUUCUUCUAACUUUGGGCAGGGUGAAAUGAUGACUAUGAAGUCUUUUGGAAAACAUUCUUCAGCACAAAAAGGAAGCUGGACAUUUGAGUGUGGAAGUUUCCAAACAACACAGGCAACAAAUUUAACUGGAACAAAAACUGUCCAUCCAGAGAUUAAACUUCCAGUCACCAAUCUAGUCCAAAAUCCUGCUCUUCCCUAUGUUGGUCCAGUUGCUGGGGGACUGAGAGCAGGAAUGGCCUUGUACUUGCAGGGAGUUGUUCCUACUAAUGCUGACCAGUUCGCAAUAAAUUUCAAGACUGGACAGUCUGACAAGGAUGAUAUAGCUUUCCACUUCAACCCACGAAUGGGAAGCAAAGUGGCCAUGAACAGCUUCAGGAAUGGAGGAUGGCAGACUGAGGAAUCUGCCUCUGAAAACCCCUUCAAAAAGGGAGAUGCUUUUGAAAUGUUUAUCGUCCCCAAACCUGAAGGAUAUCAGGUGUGUGUGAAUGGCAAGGAGCACUACAUGUUUAAGCACCGUAUACCUCUGGAAAACGUGAAAGCAUUAAAUAUCCUUGGACAUGUUGCCGCAAAGCUUUUUGGCUUCAUAGAAAACUGGAGCAUACCUUCAUUUACUAAGGAAGCCAAGACAACAGUCACCAGUCUGGGCAGCUCACACUGGGGUCUUUCACCCACACAGUCAGAGGUCUUACACCCGGUCCAAAAUCCUAUCCUUCCCUAUGUGGGCACAAUUCCUGGAGGACUUAGAGCAGGAAUGGCCUUGUACUUGCAGGGAGUUGUUCCAACUAAUGCUGACCAGUUCGCAAUAAAUUUCAAGACUGGACAGUCUGACAAGGAUGAUAUAGCUUUCCACUUCAACCCACGAAUGGGAAGCAAAGUGGCCAUGAACAGCUUCAGGAAUGGAGGAUGGCAGACUGAGGAAUCUGCCUCUGAAAACCCCUUCAAAAAGGGAGAUGCUUUUGAAAUGUUUAUCGUCCCCAAACCUGAAGGAUAUCAGGUAUAUGUGAAUGGCAAGGAGCACUACAUGUUUAAGCACCGUAUACCUCUGGAAAAAGUGACAUCAUUAAAUAUCCUUGGACAUAUUGCCGCAAAGCUUUUUGGCUUCAUAGAAAACUGGAGCAUACCUUCAUUUACUAAGGAAGCCAAGACAACAGUCACCAGUCUGGGCAGCUCACACUGGGGUCUUUCACCCACACAGUCAGAGGUCUUACACCCGGUCCAAAAUCCUAUCCUUCCCUAUGUGGGCACAAUUCCUGGAGGACUUAGAGCAGGAAUGGCCUUGUACUUGCAGGGAGUUGUUCCAACUAAUGCUGACCAGUUCGCAAUAAAUUUCAAGACUGGACAGUCUGACAAGGAUGAUAUAGCUUUCCACUUCAACCCACGAAUGGGAAGCAAAGUGGCCAUGAACAGCUUCAGGAAUGGAGGAUGGCAGACUGAGGAAUCUGCCUCUGAAAACCCCUUCAAAAAGGGAGAUGCUUUUGAAAUGUUUAUCGUCCCCAAACCUGAAGGAUAUCAGGUAUAUGUGAAUGGCAAGGAGCACUACAUGUUUAAGCACCGUAUACCUCUGGAAAAAGUGACAUCAUUAAAUAUCCUUGGACAUGUUGCCGCAAAGCUUUUUGGCUUCAUAGAAAACUGGAGCAUACCUUCAUUUACUAAGGAAGCCAAGACAACAGUCACCAGUCUGGGCAGCUCACACUGGGGUCUUUCACCCACACAGUCAGAGGUCUUACACCCGGUCCAAAAUCCUAUCCUUCCCUAUGUGGGCACAAUUCCUGGAGGACUUAGAGCAGGAAUGGCCUUGUACUUGCAGGGAGUUGUUCCAACUAAUGCUGACCAGUUCGCAAUAAAUUUCAAGACUGGACAGUCUGACAAGGAUGAUAUAGCUUUCCACUUCAGCCCCCGAAUGGGCAGCAAGGUGGCCAUGAACAGCUUCAGGAAUGGAGGAUGGCAGACUGAGGAAUCUGCCUCUGAAAACCCCUUCAAAAAGGGAGAUGCUUUUGAAAUGUUUAUCGUCCCCAAACCUGAAGGAUAUCAGGUAUAUGUGAAUGGCAAGGAGCACUACAUGUUUAAGCACCGUAUACCUCUGGAAAACGUGAAAGCAUUAAAUAUCCUUGGACAUAUUGCCGCAAAGCUUUUUGGCUUCAUAGAAAACUGGAGCAUACCUUCAUUUACUAAGGAAGCCAAAACAACAGUCACCAGUCUGGGCAGCUCACACUGGGGUCUUUCACCCACACAGUCAGAGGUCUUACACCCGGUCCAAAAUCCUAUCCUUCCCUAUGUGGGCACAAUUCCUGGAGGACUUAGAGCAGGAAUGGCCUUGUACUUGCAGGGAGUUGUUCCAACUAAUGCUGACCAGUUCGCAAUAAAUUUCAAGACUGGACAGUCUGACAAGGAUGAUAUAGCUUUCCACUUCAACCCACGAAUGGGCAGCAAAGUGGCCAUGAACAGCUUCAGGAAUGGAGGAUGGCAGACUGAGGAAUCUGCCUCUGAAAACCCCUUCAAAAAGGGAGAUGCUUUUGAAAUGUUUAUCGUCCCCAAACCUGAAGGAUAUCAGGUAUAUGUGAAUGGCAAGGAGCACUACAUGUUUAAGCACCGUAUACCUCUGGAAAACGUGAAAGCAUUAAAUAUCCUUGGACAUGUUGCCGCAAAGCUUUUUGGCUUCAUAGAAAACUGGAGCAUACCUUCAUUUACUAAUGAAGCCAAGACAACAGUCACCAGUCUUGGCAGCUCACACUGGGGUCUUUCACCCACACAGUCAGAGGUCUUACACCCGGUCCAAAAUCCUAUCCUUCCGUAUGUGGGCACAAUUCCUGGAGGACUUAGAGCAGGAAUGGCCUUGUACUUGCAGGGAGUUGUUCCAACUAAUGCUGACCAGUUCGCAAUAAAUUUCAAGACUGGACAGUCUGACAAGGAUGAUAUAGCUUUCCACUUCAACCCACGAAUGGGCAGCAAAGUGGCCAUGAACAGCUUCAGGAAUGGAGGAUGGCAGACUGAGGAAUCUGCCUCUGAAAACCCCUUCAAAAAGGGAGAUGCUUUUGAAAUGUUUAUCGUCCCCAAACCUGAAGGAUAUCAGGUGUAUGUGAAUGGCAAGGAGCACUACAUGUUUAAGCACCGUAUACCUCUGGAAAACGUGAAAGCAUUAAAUAUCCUUGGACAUGUUGCCGCAAAGCUUUUUGGCUUCAUAGAAAACUGGAGCAUACCUUCAUUUACUAAGGAAGCCAAGACAACAGUCACCAGUCUGGGCAGCUCACACUGGGGUCUUUCACCCACACAGUCAGAGGUCUUACACCCGGUCCAAAAUCCUAUCCUUCCCUAUGUGGGCACAAUUCCUGGAGGACUUAGAGCAGGAAUGGCCAUGUACUUGCAGGGAGUUGUUCCAACUAAUGCUGACCAGUUCGCAAUAAAUUUCAAGACUGGACAAUCUGACAAGGAUGAUAUAGCUUUCCACUUCAACCCCCGAAUGGGCAGCAAGGUGGCCAUGAACAGCUUCAGGAAUGGAGGAUGGCAGACUGAGGAAUCUGCCUCUGAAAACCCCUUCAAAAAGGGAGAUGCUUUUGAAAUGUUUAUCGUCCCCAAACCUGAAGGAUAUCAGGUAUUUGUGAAUGGCAAGGAGCACUACAUGUUUAAGCACCGUAUACCUCUGGAAAAAGUGACAUCAUUAAAUAUCCUUGGACAUAUUGCCGCAAAGCUUUUUGGCUUCAUAGAAAACUGGAGAAUACCUUCAUUUACUAAGGAAGCCAAGACAACAAUCACCAGUCUGAGCAGCUCACACUGGGGUCUUUCACCCACACAGUCAGAGGUCUUACACCCGGUCCAAAAUCCUAUCCUUCCCUAUGUGGGCACAAUUCCUGGAGGACUUAGAGCAGGAAUGGCCUUGUACUUGCAGGGAGUUGUUCCAACUAAUGCUGACCAGUUCGCAAUAAAUUUCCAGACUGGACAGUCUGACAAGGAUGAUAUAGCUUUCCACUUCAACCCCCGAAUUGGCAGCAAGGUGGCCAUGAACAGCUUCAGGAAUGGAGGAUGGCAGACUGAGGAAUCUGCCUCUGAAAACCCCUUCAAAAAGGGAGAUGCUUUUGAAAUGUUUAUCGUCCCCAAACCUGAAGGAUAUCAGGUAUAUGUGAAUGGCAAGGAGCACUACAUGUUUAAGCACCGUAUACCUCUGGAAAACGUGAAAGCAUUAAAUAUCCUUGGACAUAUUGCCGCAAAGCUUUUUGGCUUCAUAGAAAACUGGAGCAUACCUUCAUUUAAUAAGGAAGCCAAGACAACAGUCACCAGUCUGGGCAGCUCACACUGGGGUCUUUCACCCACACAGUCAGAGGUCUUACACCCGGUCCAAAAUCCUAUCCUUCCCUAUGUGGGCACAAUUCCUGGAGGACUUAGAGCAGGAAUGGCCUUGUACUUGCAGGGAGUUGUUCCAACUAAUGCUGACCAGUUCGCAAUAAAUUUCAAGACUGGACAGUCUGACAAGGAUGAUAUAGCUUUCCACUUCAACCCACGAAUGGGAAGCAAAGUGGCCAUGAACAGCUUCAGGAAUGGAGGAUGGCAGACUGAGGAAUCUGCCUCUGAAAACCCCUUCAAAAAGGGAGAUGCUUUUGAAAUGUUUAUCGUCCCCAAACCUGAAGGAUAUCAGGUAUAUGUGAAUGGCAAGGAGCACUACAUGUUUAAGCACCGUAUACCUCUGGAAAACGUGAAAGCAUUAAAUAUCCUUGGACAUGUUGCCGCAAAGCUUUUUGGCUUCAUAGAAAACUGGAGCAUACCUUCAUUUACUAAGGAAGCCAAGACAACAGUCACCAGUCUUGGCAGCUCACACUGGGGUCUUUCACCCACACAGUCAGAGGUCUUACACCCGGUCCAAAAUCCUAUCCUUCCCUAUGUGGGCACAAUUCCUGGAGGACUUAGAGCAGGAAUGGCCUUGUACUUGCAGGGAGUUGUUCCAACUAAUGCUGACCAGUUCGCAAUAAAUUUCAAGACUGGACAGUCUGACAAGGAUGAUAUAGCUUUCCACUUCAACCCACGAAUGGGAAGCAAAGUGGCCAUGAACAGCUUCAGGAAUGGAGGAUGGCAGACUGAGGAAUCUGCCUCUGAAAACCCCUUCAAAAAGGGAGAUGCUUUUGAAAUGUUUAUCGUCCCCAAACCUGAAGGAUAUCAGGUAUAUGUGAAUGGCAAGGAGCACUACAUGUUUAAGCACCGUAUACCUCUGGAAAACGUGAAAGCAUUAAAUAUCCUUGGACAUGUUGCCGCAAAGCUUUUUGGCUUCAUAGAAAACUGGAGCAUACCUUCAUUUACUAAGGAAGCCAAGACAACAGUCACCAGUCUGGGCAGAUCACACUGGGGUCUUUCACCCACACAGUCAGAGGUCUUACACCCGGUCCAAAAUCCUAUCCUUCCCUAUGUGGGCACAAUUCCUGGAGGACUUAGAGCAGGAAUGGCCUUGUACUUGCAGGGAGUUGUUCCAACUAAUGCUGACCAGUUCGCAAUAAAUUUCAAGACUGGACAAUCUGACAAGGAUGAUAUAGCUUUCCACUUCAACCCCCGAAUGGGCAGCAAGAUGGCCAUGAACAGCUUCAGGAAUGGAGGAUGGCAGACUGAGGAAUCUGCCUCUGAAAACCCCUUCAAAAAGGGAGAUGCUUUUGAAAUGUUUAUCGUCCCCAAACCUGAAGGAUAUCAGGUAUUUGUGAAUGGCAAGGAGCACUACAUGUUUAAGCACCGUAUACCUCUGGAAAAAGUGACAUCAUUAAAUAUCCUUGGACAUAUUGCCGCAAAGCUGUUUGGCUUCAUAGAAAACUGGAGAAUACCUUCAUUUACUAAGGAAGCCAAGACAACAAUCACCAGUCUGAGCAGCUCACACUGGGGUCUUUCACCCACACAGUCAGAGGUCUUACACCCGGUCCAAAAUCCUAUCCUUCCCUAUGUGGGCACAAUUCCUGGAGGACUUAGAGCAGGAAUGGCCUUGUACUUGCAGGGAGUUGUUCCAACUAAUGCUGACCAGUUCGCAAUAAAUUUCCAGACUGGACAGUCUGACAAGGAUGAUAUAGCUUUCCACUUCAACCCCCGAAUGGGCAGCAAGGUGGCCAUGAACAGCUUCAGGAAUGGAGGAUGGCAGACUGAGGAAUCUGCCUCUGAAAACCCCUUCAAAAAGGGAGAUGCUUUUGAAAUGUUUAUCGUCCCCAAACCUGAAGGAUAUCAGGUAUAUGUGAAUGGCAAGGAGCACUACAUGUUUAAGCACCGUGUACCUCUGGAAAAAGUGUCAGCAUUACAUAUAAAUGGAAAUGUUGCCUUAAACUUUUUUGGCUUCAUAGAAAACUGGAGCAUAUCUUCAUUUACUAAGGAAGCCAAGACAACAAUCACCAGUCUGGGCAGCACACACUGGAGUCUUUCCACUAUACAGUCAGAGAUCUUACAUCCAGUCCAUAGUCCUACCCUUCCCUAUGUGGGCCCAAUUGCCGGGGGUCUGAGAGCAGGGAUGGCCUUGUACAUGCAGGGAGUUGUUGCUCAUAAUGCAGACCGGUUUUCAAUAAAUUUCAAGACUGGACAGUCUGACAAGGAUGAUAUUGCUUUCCACUUCAACCCCCGAAUGGGCAACAAGGUGAUCAUGAACAGCUUCAGGAAGGGAGGAUGGCAGACUGAGGAAUAUGCCUCUGAAAACCCCUUCAAAAAGGGAGAAGCAUUUGAUAUACUCAUUGUCAUCACAUCUGAUGGAUACAAGGUACAUGUGAAAGGCCAACAACACUGCAUGUUCAAGCACCGCAUUCCUUUGGAAAAAGUUACUACACUUCAUAUCCUUGGGAAUGUCUCCAUCAGCUUCUUUGGUUUUAUCAUGGAUAAGUGAAUGAAGAGUUAUUUUGGUGUCUUCCCCCAGUGUUUUAAAGCACUCUUAAAGAAAGUUCUGAAGUUUGGGAAUGAUGAAAAAAGUUAAAAUAAUGCAUGUCCUCAUUUUAAUAUGCACAAAUUAAGCAUAUAAUUGGUCUCAAUCAAUAGCAAUGACAAUACUGUUACUGCUGUUAUAAAAAUGACCAAUUAAAAUAAAAUAAAAGUGAUUUUCUUAAACCA